AGUGCAGCCGCAAGCCGCUGACAAAGGAGCGAAGGAGCAGUCACAGCUGCUUUCCGAGGAGCCGGUGUCGCCGAGAUUGCCAAGAUGUUUUGGAGUUUUUAACUGAAGCUAAACCAAGUCCAAAGUAGAUUUGAGACUGUACAAACAGAAGCCACAGCGAGGGGGAUUCAGUGCCAAUGCAUCAACCAAAAAGACAACCAGAAUUUGUGGAAGGGAAUCUUCCUGUUUUCGUGUUUCCCACUGAGUUAGUAUUUUAUGCAGAUGAUCAGUCAACACAUAAGCAGGUGUUGACUCUCUAUAAUCCCUAUGAGUUUGCCUUAAAGUUCAAAGUUUUGUGUACUACUCCAAAUAAGUAUGUUGUCGUUGAUGCUACAGGUGCAGUAAAGCCUCAGUGUUGUGUGGAUAUCGUGAUUCGGCACCGAGACGUGCGGUCCUGUCACUAUGGUGUAAUAGACAAGUUCCGGCUCCAGGUUUCUGAGCAAAGCCAGCGGAAGGCUUUCGGGAAGAAGGAGAUUGUGGCCACUCUUCUCCCAUCUGCAAAAGAACAACAAAAGGAAGAAGAUGAAAAGAGAAUAAAGGAGCAGUCAACAGACAAUUUAUACUUUGAGCAGUCAUCGCAACCAGAAAACAAAAGUGCCUCUUCAGGCCCUAGUUUACUAACUGUCUUCCUGGGAGUGGCUUGCAUUGCAGCCCUGAUGCUUCCCACGCUGGGAGAUGUGGAAUCGCUGGUGCCUCUCUACCUCCACUUAAGUGUGAAUCAGAAACUAGUGGCUGCAUACAUUUUAGGUCUUAUCACAAUGGCUAUACUUAGAACAUGA